AUGGUGUCAACAACCAUCCAAAGUGCUCCUCCGCAUUCUUUACAGCAGGUGCCUGCAACGCGUCAACAAACUGCCCAGCGUACGCCCAAAGCCUCAGAUCAUUUGCAUAAUUCUGACCCCAGCGAGUACCCCUCACCGCUGUUCACCGACGUUACCCUCUCAGACUCCGAAGAUGCUUCGGUCAGCUCACACGACGCUUUCUAUCUGGAGAAAUACAACGAUACUAGAACACAACGGCCAAGAGCCCAAGCUCGGAAACCGGACACUUCUCCAGCCAGGAAGCCACGACCCGAGUUGAAUGUGAUGACCUCACUACCGGCUUCUCAAGCAACAGUGUGUGAUGAUGAUCUCAAGUUGGACCAUGUGCGAGCUCAGAAGGUGGGCGCAACGAAUCGACCGAAGUCGAUAGUGUCGGCCAAGGCAGAACAUUUCGAUGCUUCGAUGUUGUCGGAUGAGCCUGAGCGGUCAGCUGCUCUUACCAAGCUUACUGGUAUUGCCACGGCAGCGCGGGAUCGGAAACAGAAGAAGCUACCCACACCUAUACGAAACGAUCACAGUGCCACGGGUCAGGUGCAGAAUCGGACACGACAAAUUUCCGAGCCUAGAGGGAAUACUCAGAAUGCGGUGAUGAUUGGUAUACAAAUACCGGAGCAUGAAGCAGCUAUGCAUCAGCAAGGCGACAACAGUGCUAUCACGCUGGAAACGCCUACGACUCCAGCCAUUGUGAUCACUCCCGCAGAGCCUACCUUCAAUCGUUCAACGGACCGUUCCCUUGUCCGAAAUACAGAGCCACAACCUGCAGUACCUUCACUUCCAGUCGUGCCCAGUAUACUCGACGGCGCAAGCUAUAAUAAACAUGCCAGUACAGCAGCGGCGCAAGCUUUCGACGAACGGGCAAAACAUAAGUCUCAGGGAUGGUGGAACCUUGCUCUGUCCCCCAUGCUCUCGCGAGCAGGCACCAUGAAAAUCAAUGAUCAAAUACCAGAAGUACCUCCACUUCCGAACUCGUCUGCACCGAACCGAACACGUGCAAACACUGCAGAAUCUCAGCCCUCGCCAGAGACCCCUCGACGCCUAGGAUUGGCUGGCAUUCGCCAAAGUAUCUGGUCGAGCUGGACCACGGAGCACAAGCAGUCUCUGAAUCGCGCGCUGAGCACGAAUACCACGUUUCCUCGUCACACCAUAAUCGAAGACGAUGACCAGGUCAGCCUUCUUCGCGGCGGAGAAAUUGGCGCGCAUCGGAUGACUGGAGGACUGGCCGAUGAAUACUAUCAUGCAUGUGCAAUUGAGCAAUUUUCGGGACAGCAAUUUUUCGAAUGCGAGAAUCAUUCCUGCGCCGAGAAAUGGCCUUCGUUUCGGUCAAUAUAUGAUAGGGACGAGUCUCAAGCUCAAGGCGCAUCCCUGAAAGAUGCGGACGACGCCGACCAGACCAAAGCCGUCUCGGGUGCUGUCAUCACGACAAAGCCCGAGCUCGGCAUUACCGGGCACGGACGAUCCUUCAGCAAUGGCUCAGAAGAGGACGUCGAAUUCUCGCCUCAUGUUAGGGAAGCGGAACCCGCGACUGUGCUGCAAGCAAGAUCAGUCGAUAGCAGGACUCCUCCAGCCAUUCAUACACAGCGAAGCGCAGAUGCUUCGUCUGUGGAGAACUCGACAGCGGUGACAGAGGCGGAAAAGCCUUCUGACACACGGGCUAUAGUGCUGGCACCGCCUCAGCCGAUGAUUGCGGAGGCUCCUACCCGACAGCAGAGCGUGAGGCAGCACAAAGUCAGCGCCAUCGUACCUCCACCUGCCUCGUCAAGCCUUCAGCCAAUAGACUCACCUGGUCCGAUUUCCCCUGCAGCACAGCAGACGAUGGCAGCCCAUGGUGAUGUGCCGAUGGCAGAGAUGAACUCAACAGGACCUUCAGCACAGAUGGCGCCCAUAGUCGUGCAUAACUAUUACCACUAUCCUUACGGCGAGUUUCCCAAACAACUCAUGGCGGAAGCGCAUGAGACUGGUCCCGACUCUAGGCGAGCAUCUUCGACCGUAGAUGCUGAGAAGAGCAUGGAUGAAAAGAAUCCAGGACUGUUCUCACGACUCAAGUUGAGCCUGAAGCGGAGAAGAACCGAUCGAAAGGAGGACGCUGAGAAGAACGACAAGAAAACCAGCCGCAAGUAUCGCUGCAAGGUAGCACUGACCACUGCGGGUCUAUUGGGUGUCAUUGUUGUGGCUCUGCUGCUGGCGACUCUGCUCAAGCCACGAGGCGAUCGCACUCCGACGCAGACACAAUGGCUGAACUUGACAGGGUACCCUCCUAUGCCCACUGGAAUCUCAACAAUCAUACGGCCCAACAAUGUGCUCGACAAUUCGCAGUGCGUUCAGCCAGCGACGGCAUGGAGCUGUGGUCUGCCACCCGAGCAGCAGUCUGAAAUCUCGCCGAACAGCCCGAAUCAACCCAACUUCCGCUUUGAAAUCAAGUUCCGGAAUGGAACUGUCGCAAGCAACAUGACGCUUCCCAGCUUUGCUAAUACCUCUUCGAUCUCGCGAGUCAUGAGCAAGAGACUGACGAACCCCUUCGCGGAUGAUUCCUUCGAGGCCGACCCUGCUCCGCCAGCUGUGGCUGAUCAGCUAUUCAUUGGAAACACCACGGACAACAAUACAGCACCGUUCAAUGGCGAGGAUACGCCUUUCUACAUGUCUUUCAUUCCGGCCUUUCCCAUCAAUCCCUCCGACUUCUCGGCCUCAAACCUUACGGCUACCACCAAUAGCAACGAUGGCAACGAAACGACAGCGCGUGCCCUCUCUACACGUCAAAGUCUUGAUUCGCUGCUUCCCAAGCCCGAGAUCGACUCAGCUGGCCUCGCUGCUCCAGCCAACCUCUUGCCCAACUCCCCUUUCGCCACAAAUCAACCAGUCCGCCUCUACAAUCGUGGCUUGCCAACAGAGCACUUCGGCUUCUAUAUGUACUACGACAAAUCGAUCUUCCUCACUACAGACGUGGUGUCCAAUACCGCCAACGACACCAAUUCGUCCAUCAUCGAAACUCCGGACUCAUCGAACUCCGGCGCUGGCAACCCAUCCGAUGCGUCUGGCGGCUCUACUCGCCGAGGCGCUCGCUCGCGAUGCACAUGGGCGCAGACGCGUUUCCUCGUGCAGAUUUGGACAUCCCCUGAGUUCGAUGGCCAGAUGCUUGGCCCGGUGCCUGUCAUUGGCGGCACCGUUGGCGUCGACAGCAGUGACAGUCCCAACUCGGCGAUCAAUUACACUCCGCCAGGCUCAUUUCCAUACCCGACCAGCAUCACGCUGGACCGACAUGGCGGCAAUGUGAACAAGAAGAUUUCGUACUGCUAUGCAGUCGAUGGGGAUGGGAUGAUCGAUGAGGAGAAGGGUGGCAGAUUUGUACUAGAGCAGAGAGGUGCUGGUGGCACGUUGAUCAAUUCGGCGCCAGGCAUCGUGCAGAACGCGGACGGAAGCUUCAGUGGCGGAGGUUCUGAUGGAUUCGAUGAAGAUGAUGGGGGUAUUGAUGGUGGGACAGGUGGUUGUGGGUGUCGUUGGCAGAACUGGCAGUGA